AUGGGAGUUCAAGAUAAUAAUAAUAGUAAUAAUAAUGGUAGUUUACCAUUUGAUCCAUCUCGUCAAAAUAUGAUGAUGGAUCCAAAUCAACCAAUAAUUGUUCAUCUUCCAGUUGAACCAAUGAAAGAACAUCUUGUUGAUGUACAAUUUCUCUACAACCAAAUAAAAAUGAUGGAGUCUGCUAAAAUAGCUAGAACCCAAGAAAAAAUUAACAAAGAUCGUAUAAAUGCCAUUCUAAUAUUUUGUUUUGGACUUAUAGCAUUCCCAUUAUGGGCUGGAGGAUUUGCUUUUCUUAGAUCACCAUCAAAAGAAGCUCGUUCUCUUGGUGUUGCUGCCUUGUCAAUGUUUGGAAUUGCAUGUUUAAGAAACUAG